AUGGCUGGCUCUACCAAGGGAUCGGAGUCUUUCCUUGCUGUUGGAACCUCUGAUCAGUCCAUUGAUAUAUGGGAUGCGUCGUUGAUGUAUUGCAUGAAGCCCACAGCUACACUCGGGGUACGUAAGGCUGAGAUGAAGGGGAAGAAUUGGACGCGACGGAAUAAGAAAAAGGUCCGUAUUGGGGCUCAGAAUGUUACUAAGAAUGCCAACGGUAUUUCUCCCCAAACUAACACGGGUCCAGGCAUGUGCUUGGAUGUAAGCCGGGUGGCCUCGAACGCUCUGGCCAGCGGUAGUGCUGAUGAGACCGUGAAGGUGUGGGACCUGACCUCGGCCCGAGCAGUGUGUAGGUAUCUUG